AUGGCAGUUUCGGGUCGAAAGGUUGCUGAUUUUCAAGGUUCUAUAUCCAAAGGUUCAGCAGAGUACUUUGACUAUAGAUGUCAACCAUGUUUGGCGAUUGGUCAGCAAAUAGAAGCUCAUGGAUUUUGUGUGGACUGUCAAGAAUACCUUUGUAAGAACUGCCUAGCUUAUCAUCAAAGAACAAAGGCCUCAAAACAUCAUCACCUGGUAAACAAAGAUAAUAUAGAUAAACAUGCUGUUCCCACGAAAGAUUCAGGAUUGUGCACUGAAAUGUGCCGUGAUCAUAAAAAUGAAGUAAUCAAAUUUUUCUGUGUAAACCAUGAAGCACUUGGUUGCCAUGACUGCAUGACAAUGGAUCAUAGAACAUGUAAAAUCGACUAUAUACCUGACAAAUGUUCAAGUAUUGGGGACAGUGAAGAGUUCAGAGAGGUAAUGAGGAAACUGGACCAGAAAGUGAAUGAAGCCGAGGAUGUUAUAAAGAUGGCCUCAUGUAGAGAAAAAGAAUUAGAUUCCUGCCAUGACAGACUACUCAAAGAAAUUACAAUGUUUCGCAAAGAGAUAAAUGAUCGCUUAGACCAACUACAAACGCAAAUUGUGGCAGAUGCUGGCCAAAAGAAGUUCACAGAUCAACAAGCAGUAAAGAAGGUGCUUGAAACAUGUACAAAAAAUUCCUCAGAAAUCAAACAACUACAGUCAAGAUUACAAGAUUACAAAGCUUCACAGCAGAAUGGACAACUUUACAUUACAAUGAAACAAGCUAAAUCCAAACUAAAGUCAGACGAAAUAAAGGAGGCAGACAGAAGUUUAGAAAUGACAAACAUGCAAUACGUAUUUGAGCAAAACCAAGGCCUGGAAAACAUGCUUUCAACACAAAAUGCAUUUGGAAAGCUCACACUGUCUUCUUCCGUCGUAAUUUCAAAGGAGACGAAACUGAUAGACAAAUUGACCCACAAAGAAAAUAUAAAUGUACAGACGGACUCAGAUCAGAGUGAAUGCUGGAUAUCAGGAUGUGUUGUCCUGUCCUCUGACAGACUUGUGGCGGCCGACGUUAACAAUGGGAAAUUGAAAGUUGUUGACACAAAAAAUAAAGCUGUAAUAGAAGAGUCAAAACUUUAUUCAAAUCCAUGGGACAUUGCAGCAUUACCUCAGGACCGUAUUGCUGUGACAAUGAUAUGGAAGAAAGAGAUCCUUAUAAUAUCAACAGCCGGAAAACUAACACUUGUCCGCAAGUGUCCGGUUAAAGGUGACUGUAGAGGUAUAGCUUAUCAUCAAGGUCAUCUCUAUAUAGUUUCCAUUGUUCCGAGGUGUGUAUUUAUUACAGAUACACAAGGUAACGUUCAAAACACAAUUUUACUUGAUGAAAAGAGAGUUGGCAUACCAAGCUUCUUACUACUAAGUAAGGAUCUGAGUCAUAUCUUCAUCAGUGACAGGGAUAGGAACAGUGUUAUAAGUAUAACAUUACAAGGUGAUAUAUCUGCUGAAUACAAAAACAAAGACUUUAAAAAUCCACAGGGAAUGAUGAUGCUUGAAGAUGGAUCCUUGCUGGUGUGCUGCUGUAGGGAAGAUGGCAUCAUACAUCAUAUCUCGGUUGAUAUGAAGCAAUGUCAUACAAUGAUAGAGGAUCUGUCGUGCCCAUCCUCUAUGUGCUAUAAUCGUGAUCAACAUGAGGUCUAUGUCGGAUGUUCUUAUAGCAAUGAGAUGAUUGUGCUGAGUGCAAAAUAA